AUGGCUCCGAUAUGGUCGUCGACGAGGCGAUUUGGCCUCAGGCAUCAUUGCUUGCCAACGACCUCACUCGGUGUCAUUCACUCGAAUCCAACAUCAAAUGCCCGGGACUGUGCACCAUCGCCAGCUGCCUCGCUUGUUUAUGUGGAAGAAGAAGACCGUCACGACCUCGAUGCCGCCGCACCAUUCUACGCACGGCGACCUGUAAGGUCAAAUGACGAUGGAACUGGAAGUGCGCCCUCACGAGUUGGGCAGAUCAGCUGGCGCGCUCCUGCUGCAGAUGACCGAGAAGAGACCUACUGCCCAAGCGAAGAGUUUAAGGAUCUAUUCGAAGAAUGCUUUGCCGAGGCAGAAGGCCACGAUGCGUUGCCAUUCUUCCAUCGCCAGGCAGUUCGGAUCGCAGUUCAGAGCGACGACAUCGAGCUAGUCCGGUACCUUCUCGAGAAAGACGCAACCAAGUCUCUGCUGGCUGAGGAUUCCAAUAGUGUCCAGACUAUUCUGUGCGUGCACGACGACUCCACUACCAGGAACCAGGACCCGGUGCCCAUGAUAAAGCUGCUGCUAAAGUUUGGUGCUCAAGUCAACGGGUUGGAUGAAGCAGGAAACACUGCGCUCUACUAUGCAACUGCGUUUGGCUUGCCAGACACGUUCAGAUUCUUGUUAGACAAUGGCGCUGACUUCACGCCUAAGCACCAUCUGCCGGCUAAGGUCAAGGGAGCAUCCCGCCACAACCUACCUAAAGCAUCUUCAAGGCCAACACUGCAGAGCCAGGCCGUAGAUCUGAUGCAAGUCGCUCUCCACUCUAGCGAUAGCAGCACUCUGGUGCAGAACUCGGUCCUCGAAGCCUACAAGUGCUGGGCUCCGAUCAUCGUCUUCUUUAUCGAUGCACAUUUCAGCCACCCUUUGCCAGAGAACAUCUUCACGGAACUGACAGAAGCCGCAUGCUCCGUUGCAGACAUGGAAAUCGUGAGCAAGCUGCUGUCUUAUCAGUCGAACGUAUCUGCGUCUGGUCUCCUUGCAUCCUCAUUGGCUCCGGGUCUCAAGUCUGCCACAAGAGAAGGCCAUCUGGAAAUCACAAGGCUUCUCCUGCGAUUCGGAGCCGAUCCUCGACUUGCGUGCGAAAGCACCAGACAGCCUGGAAGGCGGGCACGGUGCAAACAGCCCGAACAGUCUGGAGAAGAAAUCCACAAAACGUGGAAGACUGCCAUUGAAGACGUUUGCGAGCGGAAUCUCAGGCCAGAAGUGCCAUCAAAACCCCUCUCUGUCUUGGAUGCCUGCGAAGUCCUGUUCUGGGAAGGAAUUUCUGAAGCAGAUCAGCAUCUCCUACUUGCUGAAGCAGCGCUACAAGGUCGGAUCGACAUCGUGCAACGACUUUGGGCAGCAGGAGUGCGUCUCAAGCAAGCCCCAAUCACAGGUUCAGUGCCAGUGUUGGAGUUUUUCAUUGCGCAAGGUACAUCGUUUAACUGGCCGGAAUUACAGAAAUACGCCAUCCCGUCUUGUAGACUCCAUACGAUCGAUUGGCUGGUAGGUCGAGCAGGACAGCAUUUAAAAAGCAGGCAAGAACUUGAGCCUCUACUCAAAGUCCUCAUGGGUCGUUACUCUACCUACCGCAGGGGCUGGCUUUCACCGGACAUGAUUCAACGGCGAAAAUCGAUGCUGGCAUAUCUGUUUACAAGCUAUGCGCAUCCGAAACGCACAACCGUCAAAGCUCACGCGGAAGUGAACAUGCUGGUGCUUAGGGCCGUCAUGGGCCGUCUUCACGAUUUGAAACUCUUCCUGCAAGAAGGUACGAGAUCACAUUGUCCAGGGCUUCGAUCUGCGGCCAUGGUCGAGAUCAAAGCCAAAGCACAGUCUGACGACAAAUCCGGGUCUCUGAACUAUGAUGGACUCGAGACUGUGGUCAAAGAGUUGCAACUCUUGCUUCGAUGUUACGAUGGCGAACUUUCGGAAACACAGACGCUCGACAACAAAGAUGAUAGACUCUGGCUCACCCCAAGCAUGCUAGAUGCGUGGCUUGAGGAUGGCGUCGCUCCAAUUGAAGGAUAUCGCACGGAAGAUGGCUGUCGCACUGAAUCUCACUCAUGCGACGUUCGGCAGAGGGUACAGUUACCGCACCGCUAUCGAGAUGCACCAGUGGACAAAUCAUGGCGUGGUCAGGCGCUGGAGGAAGGAGAGAAUGGUGAUAUGCCCGAGGAUGCCACACCGGCCAAAGCUUCGACGAGUCAAAUUCCAGCAAAUCCCAUUACAGAUGUGUGCAGCAUCGAGGAGGUCGAGGCAAGCCUUGACCGGAACGAGGAAGAGCCAUCAGAAGACUCGAAUGCUCCAAUUGAAUGCACAAUACGAGAUAUACAUCUGGCGGAGAAACCGACGUACGAAGCACUAUCAUACGUGUGGGGCCAUGGAAACGACUCUGCGGCCAUCCAACUCAAUAACAAGACCAGGCUUGUGCGAAGCAAUCUGCGGGCAGCCUUGUUCCAGCUACGAUUUCGCAAACACCCAAGAGUACUCUGGAUCGAUGCCCUGUGUAUCAAUCAAGGGGACGUCGACGAAAGGAACCACCAAGUCCGUAUCAUGUCAACCAUUUACCAAUCCGCGAAACGAGUCCUGAUAUGGGUCGGAGAGUCCGGCGACGGCUCGAAGUUGGUUUUUGACUAUAUGCGGAAGCUCAGAACGAAGCACAAGCAAGACCCAUACCGUGACGAACCCGACGACGAAGGCGCAGAGCAACCACCAUUCAACUUCUCCUACGCAAAAGGGAGACCGACACUGCAGGGCGAGCUAGGCGAAGCCUUCGAAAAAUUCUGCCAUCGGCCGUGGUUUUCCAAGACCUGGGUGAUCCAAGAGUUCGCCUUGAGCAGUCCGGCAGUGGUGGUCUGCGGAGGUGACAAGGAGCAAUGGAGCUUGCUGCAGGAAGUAUACCCGGGCUCACGAUUGGGGAAGCUUAACGCAAUACGCACCGGCGUACGAGGAGAUCCAUUCUUGGGUGGGAGGAGGCGUGGCCACGCUGCAGAAUCUGUGUUCGGGCCUUCCAAGGCCCAGAGCAUCCUCGACUACAGCAUCCAGUGUGAAGCCACGGAGCCUCGGGACAGAGUGUACGCUCUCCUCGGAAUCCUGCCGUUUCCUUCGAUCAAAGUGGACUACAAGUUGCCCGUCGAGGAGGUCUACCGAUCAUUCUCCCAGGCAAUCUUCGAGCAGACACGAAAGAUUGGGCUGCUGCACCGGUUCGGGUUUGAGAGGAAUCUCGGCGAUUUGCCGUCCUGGGUGCUUGACCUCAGUGCAUCGACGCGCACGGGGAUGCUCCCACAGAAUCGAGGGGUACCAGCUGCUCGUGACGACGAAGUGCGCGACUUGCUCAGCCAUGCGAUGGAUGGCUUCCGAACCGAGGGAUCCGCCAUGUUUAUCAGAGGCAGCCUGAUCGAUCACAUCCACGAAGUCGCCCAGGUCCUACCGCCACUGGACCAUCCAGACGUUGUGGCCCCGACAGACUCCGAGUUAAAGAGCGUGAUUCGAAGCUGGGAGUCUUGCGCCUGUCGUAUCAAGACACCCAACUUCCUGGCUGCAGUCCCAGCCGUCUUCGUACAAACGCUCGAGGCGCACGACGGUACCCUGAACCGACAUUUGGAACCCGUCAAAUACCCCUGGUCCUUUUGGGAUAGCUGUGCUUUCUUCGGCUUUACUGAGUUUAAAAGAACCUUCCCCAAAAUACUUCCGAGAUUUCGACCAUUUGCUCUCCUGGGCGGAGAGGCUGCGCCCUCGCUUUUCACCUACUCGUAG